AUGGAUCCGCGGUACGUGGCCCUCUUCAUCUAUCCCGACACGCGUGUGCCAUCGAUCGAGGGCCCAGACGGACUUGCGGUCACCAUGACAUAUCCGUUCGGAAUAUCCUUGGCGAAUCCCCAGCUCGGGGGUCGAUAUGAGACCGAAGAUGAAGAGACCUCCCCACAAGCCCAGGCCACGGAACGACAGGCUGUUUUCCCAACUGAUGAGCUCGGUUCUCGAGGCCGGAAAAGAAGCUACACCCUCGCGCAUCAAGACGAUCAACAACCGGUUCCCAUUCUCCCAGGACACUUGGAAGGUGUUCUCCACAACGAGGAGGAAUACGCUCGGCUCACCAAGAGGGGGCGAUACGAGUUUGCCAGGUCUGGAAAAGAGCCUCGCUUCGAGGAUAUUAUGGCAAACUUGGAUGAUUUCAUGGCAAGCUUAGAAGAUCACUUGCCCGAGCCUCAGACCACUGAAAACAGAUAUACCCCAGCAAUCUGUCCGUGUGGCGUCGAGUACUGACUGAUCCCGGAUUGGGAGAGGGAUAAGAAAAACUGGAUCUGUCGAUGGGCUGCGUUGAUCUAGGAUGAUGACGGGAACGGGAGAUAUGAUCACGAUUGUUCGUUGGGACCUAUAUGGACGACAUUCAAGCUCGAUUUCUGGAAGUUGGUCUUACCAAGCGAAUGAUAGCCCCUUUCUUGGGGUGGAACCCAUGGGACAAGUGCUGGCGGGCGGGGGGGACUCUAUUCACUGAGUUUACUUAUCACUGAUUGAUAACCCUAUCUCCUCCGCCAUCAGACUCGCCACGGAGCCGUCUACCAGUUUUGUUCCCGCCAACUAUACCGGCUUCGACGUUGAGUCGGUGUUCAUGGAGAAGUUGCCCAGCAUUGAGCAAGCGACUACUGCCACAAUUUGCGACCCCGACAUCCCGCUUCCCCCGGUCGAGCUUGAGGAUGCAAUCACCCCCAACUAUAUCUAUCGAGAGCUGAAGAACUUGGUAGGUUCAAGACUGCGUAAUACAUAUCAUGAUGAACUAACGGUGUUUACAGGUCCUGAUCUCGCGGGGUUUAUACCUUUGACUCCGUUCAUUGGAGAAAUGUUCGAAACCAGCUGCCCAAGAGGUGACGUCGCCGUUAUCUGGAGGCUUUCUACCAGCUCAAGAGCCGGCCCUUCACAGUUGCAAGAGAAAGCGUUACAACAAAACGCCAUACCCUCGCCAUCUAUGAAUCGCAGGUAGUUUAGCCAUGAAGGUGAGCUCAAAAUGAAAGCCAAUGUAUUCUUGAUGAUCUACCACUUAACACACCUACAAGUCAUGGA